CCUUCCUCUCCGAUCCCAAUUUUUCAAUUUCAAUUUCCCCAAUUUCUCAAAUUUUCCCCCAAUUCCAAUGGAAGAAGACAAGUCAUUUUCCGAGCUGAUUCACCGCGGCGAAGACAGCAGCCAUGGCUGGCAGAAGGUCACCUACGUCAAGAAGCGCACCAAGGCAAGCAAAAACACGUCCUCGAAUCUCCUACCCAACGGAUCCGGAGCUGUAGCGGACAAAAACGGCGUUUUCAAGGCUGUGGAGAAGAACGCGGAGGAUCGCCGCCGCAUUCUGGACGCCAAACGCGCCGCCUCAUCGCUUUACGACGACGACGAUGGAUUCCCGGUGAGAUCGAAUCGGAAUGUGGACGACGACGACGAGGAUUACCCCAACGGGGAAUCCAAGGAGAAUAUUCCUGCGGAUGCCAAUAAGAAGGAUAAGCCGAAGAAGGUCAAGAGUCCUAAGGUCACUGUGGCGGAGGCCGCCGCGAAGAUUGACGCUGAUGAUCUCGCCGCUUUUCUAUCUAGUAUUUCGGAAUCAUACGAGGGGCAGCCAGACAUACAAUUGAUGAGGUUUGCUGAUUAUUUUGGCCGGGCAUUUUCAGCAGUGAGUGCCGCUCAGUUUCCGUGGCUGAAAUUGUUCAGAGAGUCUCCACUGGCAAAAAUUGCUGAUAUCCCUCUUUCUCAUAUUUCCGAGUCUGUCUAUAAGACUUCGGUUGACUGGAUCAACCAAUGUUCCUCUGAGGCAUUGGACAAGUUUGUGUUGUGGUCGUUGGAUGGCAUUCUGGCUGACAUGGCAACACAACAGCCGGGGUCCAAGAGCUCAAAGAAAGGAGGGCAGCCAGCAUCUUCAAAGGCUCAGGUUGCAAUUUUUGUAGUUUCGGCAAUGGUAUUACGUCGUAAACCAGACGUAUUAGUUAAUUUAUUGCCAAAGUUGAGGGAAAACUCGAAGUACCAAGGACAAGAUAAGCUCCCAGUUCUUGCAUGGAUGAUUGUCCAGGCCUGUGUAGGAGAUCUAGCUGUAGCAUUGUACGUAUGGGCACAUCAUAUUUUACCAAUACUUGGAGGAAAAUCAGGCUCUAAUCCACAAUCCAGGGACUUGGUCUUGCAGCUAGUUGAAAGAAUUCUGGCUGUACCCAAAGCUCGUGGUAUAUUGCUUAAUAGUGCUGUUAGGAAGGGGGAGAGGUUGAUGCCACCUUCAGCACUUGAUCUACUGCUACGUGUAACAUUUCCUUCAUCUUCUGCAAGAGUUAAGGCUACAGAAAGAUUCGAGGCAAUUUACCCUGUUCUCAAAGAGGUUGCUCUUGCGGGUUCUCCUGGAAGCAAAGGGAUGAAGCAAGUAUCACUUCAGAUACAGACUGUGGUUGUUAAAGCAGCUGGAGAAGGGAUUCCAGCACUAUCGCAGGAAGCAACAAACAUCUUCAUAUGGUGCCUGUCCCAGAAUUCCGAUUGCUACAAGCAGUGGGACAAGAUCUAUGUGGAUAACAUAGAGGCGAGUGUUGCUACGUUGAGGAAGCUUUCCGAGGAGUGGAAGAGAAUUUCUUUAAAACAGUCUUCUUAUCCAGCACUUGGAGAGACUCUCAAGAGUUUCAGGCAAAAGAAUGAGAAAGAAUUAAGUGAAGGAGUAGAUGCUGCUCGUCAAACUUACUUUAAAGAUGCUGAUAAAUAUUGUAAAGCAAUAUUGGGUAGGGUAUCCCGUGGUGGUGGUUGUGCAAAAACUAUGGCCUUCAUUUUGGUGUUGACUGCCGCCGGUGUGGGAGCUGCCGUUGUGUACCCAAGCUUGGAUGCAUGGGACUGGGAUAAGUUGUCAGCCGUAUUCAAUACUUAAGCCAUAUAAUCAAGCCAAAUUUAACGUGCAGGUUUCUUAAAAUUUCACUCAACCAGAGCAAAACUAACAUCAAUCGCCUAAAGUUAAAUGGCAGAAGAGCCCUAGGCCCUCGUGUAAUGGUUGUUUUAUGCAAGUAAACUAUUGGGAAGUCUUAAUUUCCUUCUGUUUAUUUAUUUUUUUCUUUUGUUUUUUUGGGAUUAAAAAGACUAUUGGGAAGUUUAUUAGCAUGUAAUUUAUUGGGAAGUUGUGCCUUUUUUCAUUCCCAUUGUUUUUCUUGGUUUAGGUUAAAUGUAAUCUUGAUGUAAUUCUGCGCCGAUCUUUACGGGUUUUGGAAAAUGAGUUCACAUAGAUUGAUAUACUUGGUUCUUUUUUUCACCAUCAAAUAGAGAUUUUAGCCAAAGGUUCCAUU